GAUCGGAUUACACCACGCUCUCAUAUCUGUUACUCGAGUUCCGUCCCUCUAUUCUCCACGGUCGGACAACGUAUCGAACAUCAUGAAGCUCGAUGCUAAGGCGCUCCGGUACCUCACCGCAGAGGAUUUCCGCGUGCUCACUGCGGUGGAACAAGGCAGCCGAAACCAUGAGGUUGUACCGACACCGUUGAUCGUGCAGAUCUCCGGCCUGCGGGGUGGCAGUGGCGUGCACAGGGCCAUCUCGACGUUGGCGAAGAUGAAUCUGAUCGCGAAGGUGAAGAAUGCGAAAUAUGACGGCUAUCGACUCACCUACGGCGGUCUCGACUAUCUCGCGCUCAACUCUCACCAAAAGCAGAAAUGCAUCUAUUCGGUCGGCAACCAGAUUGGGGUGGGCAAGGAGUCGGACAUCGUUGUGGUCGCAAGCCACCAGAAAACACAGCAGAUUCUCAAAAUCCACCGCCUGGGCCGGAUAUCUUUCCGCACUGUCAAGACGAACAGAGAUUACCUACGACACCGGUCGAGCGCGUCCUGGAUGUACAUGUCGCGGCUGGCGGCGAUGAAGGAAUUUGCGUUUAUGAAGGCACUACGCGCGAAUGGGUUCUCGGUGCCUGAGCCCAUCGCGCAGAACCGACACACGAUCGUCAUGAGUUUGAUUGAUGCGUUCCCACUGCGCCAGAUCUCGGAAGUUCCCCGGCCUGCAGAGCUUUACUCCGAGCUUAUGGAUAUGAUUCUACGACUUGCACGAUACGGACUGAUCCACGGUGAUUUCAACGAGUUCAACAUCCUUAUCAUCGAAGAGGAGGACCCCGACGCCAAGGGGAAAGCCCCGGAAGGUGAAGGCAGCGAGAACCUCCGCUUGACGCCCGUCCUGAUUGAUUUCCCGCAAAUGAUCUCCAUCGACCACGGCAAUGCGGAGAUGUACUUCGACCGCGACGUCAACUGCAUCAAACGCUUUUUCAAGCGCAAGUUUCACUUUGUUAGCGACGUGCCGGGACCUUUCUUCUCCGAUGCGAAGAAGCAGCUUCGGAAGAACCCCGGGAAGCGGCUGGAUGUCGAGGUCGAGGCUUCCGGGUUUUCGAAGAAGAUGGCGAAGGAGUUGGAGGCGUACAUGAAGGAAGUUGGUGCCAACGACGAAGGUGAAGGCUCGCAGAAUGGGGAGGGGAGUGACGAGGAGGGUGAAUCUGGGUCGGAAGAAGAGGACGAGAACGUGAGCCACGAUGGUGAGGCGCCUGACACGGAGGAUCCGACUGACGAGGUUGCUGCCAGCUCUCGCAAGUUGGAGGGCCUUCAAGUGUCGGAAGCUUCCGGGGCGUAGGUCUUACGGCAGUCAGGAAAAGGGAAACAAAAUAGACGAUAUGACUUUAAUGAGCGAACAUGACAUUUCCUGGUUGAAGGAGAAUGCUAAUACCCAAGCUUGUCUCGUG